AUGUUAAGUAAUGUAUCAGGAAGAACCACACCACUGUUAAGUAAUGCAUCAGGAAGAACUACGCCACUGUUAAGUAAUGUAUCAGGGAGAACCACGCCAGUUAAUGGCAGGGAUACUCCUAGUUAUCUAAAAAGGCCUUCAACUCCUUCUUCUUCACUAACAUUAAAUUCACAAAAAGAAAAAGAAAAAGAAAUCGAAACCUUAGAAGAUCAAUUGAUCCAGCUAAAAAAAUCCUAUGUUGAAUUAACACAAAAAUAUGCAAAAACUUCUGCUGAACUUGCUCAACAUCAAGAUAAUUCUGAUGGUAUAAUAUCUGGCGAUAUCAAGAGUAAUGUCAAGAAACCCAAUAUUGACAAGAAUGGUUUGGCAACUAUUGAAGAAGAAAAAUUAAUAAAAAAUAUUUCUGCAAGUUUUCAAGAAGCCGUUGAGCCAGUAAUCGAAGAAUAUGAAAAAUCAAUCUCACAACUAGAAAGCCAACUGGCAUUAAACAAGGCUGCAUUAUCACAUUCUGAAACAUUGAUGCAAGAAAAUGAAUACAAAUUAUUCCAAACCGAACAAGCUGAUCAACAAAAUCGCGCUCAAAUUAUUGAAUUGAAAAAUAAACUUGCAAGGUUGAAUGAGCGUGAAUCAUCUACCGAAAAUUACGUUAAAGAUCUGGAGGGGAAAUUAGAAUCUUGUUCUCAACAACAAAAACUUGAUCAAGAAAUGAUUCAGGACUUGAAAUCUAAAAUUGCAAAGUUAAAGGAUAUUAUAUCAAAUAGCGAAAUGUAUAUCGCAGAACUGGAAGACAGAUUGGCAAGCAGUGAGGAUCAUGUUUCUAAAUUAACUGAAAAUAUUGGGAAAUUGGAACAACGUUUGAUCGAGAGCGAGCAAGAGUAUCACGAACUAGAACAAAAAUCGUACAAUACUGAGAAUGAUAGAGAGAAGAGAUCUUUGCUUGCUGAAUUGGAUGAUAGGGAAGAGAGGAUCAUUCAUCUUGAAAGAAAAGUUGAAGAAUUAAUUGGCGAGCUUGAAAAUUUAAGAAAACAACAUUCAUUAGAUGACGACGAUAAUCUUAAUAUUAUGCAUAUUCAUGAAAAAUCUACGUCAUCAACUACAUCAGACACAAGCCUAUUUUCAUCAAACGAUAACAGUAAUGAAGAGAAAGAGAGAUUGAAUAUGAUAUUAUUGGAAGGGAAAUUAUCAAAAUUACAAAAGGUUCAUGAUAAUACAUGUAAAGAAUUCGACGAUUUGAAAGCAAAAUACCAAUCUUGUUUACAAGAAAUGCAAGAAUUAGAAAUUCAAAUUUUGGAUGCUAAGUCAAUUCAUGACGACAAAUCAACUACACCUACAACUCCGACCACACCUGAUAGCUCAUUAUUCAAUAACAGUAAUUAUCGAAUGUCUUUACCAGUAAAUCUUCGCUCGUCAUCUUCUUCCUCUCCCACCUCCACCACGUCUUCUUCUUACUCGACCAUCGCCACAAGUGUUUCUUCUAUCAAUCAUAUUAACAAUAAUUUUUACGAAUCUAAUCAUAAAGAACAACCUUUAAUUAACAAUUUGUUUAAUAAUUCGAAAAAAUCACAAAAUCAAAACGCUCAUCGUAAAUCAAGAACUUUAUCAACCGAACUGAAAUCCAAUGAAAGACGUGAUUUAGCUCACAUAUCAAUUGUACAGAAAUUACAGGAUGACUUGAAGCAAUUGUCAUCACUGCACGAGGAUAAAACCCAAGGUCUGGAUGCUGUCAAAUCAGAAUUUGCAAGAUUGGAGAUUGAGUAUCGCGAAAAACUAGAAAUUGUUGAAGAGUUACGAGAAGAGAUUAAAAGACGUGAUGCGUUGGCUCAGUUGGAAGAAAUUGAAAUUGAUCAUUUGGACAUUGUUCAACGACUUAAGGAAGAAAUUGAACAACUUAAAGAAGAACAAAGAACCACAAUGGAAAUUAUGUCUCAGCGUGAAAAGGCCAAUAAUGAUAGUGGCAAUGGCAAUGAGGAUGAAUUUUCUCAAGUUCAGCGACAAAAAGAAAUUGAUGAUACAAAAUUAAAAUUGGAAGGAAAUGGUUCAUCUUCAACUAAUGCUGCCAACAAUGGUAAGGAAACAGACCAAGAAAUUAUUACAUUAAGACAACAAGUUGAAAAACUUCAAAUGGAAAUAGAAGCAAAAAAACAAAAUAUUGAUGAAAAUGUUAAAGAAUUAGAAGAGAAAGUUAAGGAUCUUGAAGUGCAAUUAACGAAUGCAAAAGAAGCUCAACAUAUUCCAACUCCAAGAUCUUCCACCUCCGCCUCCUCUUCAGCAUCAACUUUAUAUUCAACUGAUUCAACACAAAAAAUAAUCAAAUUGAUUGAUAAAGGAAUAUUACAACAAAAAUUACGUGGAAAAGAAGCUGAAGCCAAGUCCUUGCAACAUCAAUUAAGCGGUUUUAAAAAUAACGAGAAUGAAAUGAAACAACAAAUUUUACAACUUCAAGAAAAAUUAAAAUCUUUCAAAUCAUCAUCAAAUAAUAAUAAUGAAGUUAAUGAGUCAUUAGAAAAUGAAAUAAACGAUGUUAAAAAAGAAAUGAUUAAAGCUAAAGAUAAUGAAAAUUUUACUAUUGAAAGAUUAAAAGUUUUGGCACUCGAAGAAACUAAACUUCAAUCAGAAUUGGAUCGAUUGAAAAAGAUCGAGAUUGCUCAAUGUGAAAGAAUCAAAGUUCUUGAAUCAAGUUUAUCAUCAUCGCAAGAACAAAAUAAGAAUCUUUCUGUUGUUGAAAAAGAUUUCACAAAAUUAAAAGAUGAAUUAUCGUUAGUCAAAGAAAAUGAAAUUGAACAUAAAAAAAUAAUAGAGAAACUUGAAUCCAAAUUAAAAGAUUCCGAAUCUGAAAUAAGAGUGUUGCAAGUUCAACUUGACGAAUUAAGGAAAGAAUCAGAUGAAAGAAUAAAAACUAUUAAGAGUAGCGAAUUGAAAUUGAGAGAAGAGGAAGCAGCAAAACAAUUAAUCAAAGAAACAGAUAAUGAUAAUGAAAUUAAAAAAUUAAAGGAGGAAAUCGAGUUGCUCAACAAACAAGAGAUUGAUCAAUCUGAAAAAAUCAAAUCCCUAGAAUCACAAUUAAAACUUGCCCAAGAAAAUCCGGAAAUUGCUAAUUUGAAAAGCGAACUUGUUAAUCAUGAAGCCAACGAGUCACUGCUAAAAGAUACUAUUCAAGACUUGGAAACUAAGCUUUCUGAAGCUCAACAAGAUUCUAAAAAAUUAUCAAGUAUUCAAAGUGAACUUAAAUUGUUGAGUGAAUUAGAUGCUGAACAAAAGUCCUCUAUUUCACAAUUACAAGAUCAACUUGUCAACAUUCAAAAUGAAAAAGAUUCUGUUGUCAAAGAGAUGGAGUCGAUGAAACAAGAUUUCGAAGCACAAAAAAAUCUUGUCUUCACUCUUGAAAAAGAUCUGAACUUGACUAAAACCGAAUUAACAAAAGCUAAAGAAGAUAAUCAAUCAAGUUCUAAGAAACACGAGGAUUUGUCGGCAUUGUUAAGUCAGACAGUUGAAGAACGUGAUCAAUUGGAUAAAAAAACCAAGGAUUUAAUAAUUGAAAUUGAAGGUUUGAAAGAGAUGAAUAUAACUGACGAUAAAGAAAUUUCAAGGCUUAAUUCUGAAUUAUCAGAAGCCAAAGAUGAAAUGAUUCGACAAAAUGAGCUUUUAUCAGAAUUGAAUUCAAAACUUACUAAUGUUGAAAAAGAACAAUCGAAUAUUUCUAAUCUUAAAUCUCAACUUGAGGAAGCUAAAAAUAGCUCGGUAUUAGACCAAGAAACCAUUAGUAAGCUUAAUGAGAAACUUGAUUUACUUCAGUCACAACUUGACGAAUCGAAAGAAUUAGACAAAAAACGUUCACAAAAAAUCAAAGAACUUGAAGAUAGAAUUCAAGAAACUAACAUCAAAGUUCAAGAGAAAGAUAAUGCAAUUAACAAUAAUGUCGAGUUGAUUAUGGGAUUAGAAGAAAAUUUAAAGAAACUUAAAUCGCAACUUGAAAAUGCAGAAAAAUUCAAGUCUGCUGAAGCUCAAGAACUUGAAUCCAAGAUUUUGGAGUUAGAAGAACAAAUAAAGAAUAAUCCUACGCGUGAAGAUCUUGAAGCCGUCAAAGAAUCAUACGAUAAACAGGUUGAACUUACUAAACAACUAGAAUCGAAAUUGGCUGCUGCUGACAUUGAGAAUAGUAAAAGUAUUUUACAGUUGACAAAUGAGUUGGUCUUGGCAAAAGAGACUGAGGAAUCAUUAAGGAAAUCGGUUAAAGAAGUUGAAGAUGACUUGAAAAUAAAAGAAAAUGAUUUGGAUAGUUUAAAUAAUAAUCUUAAAAAAUUAAAGGAAGAACUUAAACAAAUGCAGUCCAACGAAUCUCAACAGGUUGAACUUAUCUCAAGUUUAGAAGUACAACUCGAACAAACUAAAAAUCAACGCGACAAAGAAAUUGAUAAAUUCACUGAAGCAAAUAUUGAGAUAGAACAACUUAAAGAGAAAUGUGCAGAUUUACAAAACGAAAUUGAUGAAAUACAAAAGGAAGCAAUGUUACAAAGUCAUCAAAGCGUCGAUAGUGGCCUAUACGAAGAACUUAAUCAACAACUUAAGAAAUCUCAAGAAGAAAAUCAAAUUCAUAUUGAACAUAGCCAACAAUUAGAAAAUUCCAUUCAGAAACUUGAAUCUGAAAAGUCGAUAUUGGACCAAAAUAAUAUGGCAUUGGAACAAAAUGUUAUACAACUUGAAAAAGAACUUGAAUCGUUGGCUGAUGAAUAUUCAGAAGCUGAUUUGAAAUACAAAGAAACUGAAAGCAAUUUAUCAAAACAAAAAACAAGAAUAGCAGAAUUGGAAAUGGAAAUUGAUGCAAACAAAAAACAACACACGAAUAGCUCAACCACACUUUCACAAUUAGCAUCUGCAAGUGAAACUUUACGCAAGACCAAUAAUGAUUUAAAUAAAAAGUUGGUGGAUACAGAAGAAAAUGUUUCCAAAUUGAAUCAAAAAGUUAAAUCAUUAGAACAAGAACUUGCGCAUUACAAAACAAUUAAUGAUGAUAUUAAUACAAGUAAAGAGUUUGCUCAAGAAUUGAAAGAUAAGAUCAAAAAUCUUGAGCACGAGAGGGACGGAUUAGGAGAAGCCAAUAAAGCAUUUGUCGAGGAAAAGAAAAAACUUGAUGACAAGAUUGAUUCAUUAUUACAACAGCUCCAAUCAUCUGGUCGUGAUGGUAAUAAAACUGCUGCUCAACUUGCAGAAUUAAACAAGAAAAUAAUUUCGUUGGAAAAAGAAAUCUCAAUUACCAAAGAACAAUCCAAAAAAGAUUCGGAAGAAAUGGAGAAAGAAAUAAUAAGGCUUUUGGAAGUUAAUAAGAAAUUAGAAUCAGGAAACGAACAAGAAUAUAGUCCUAAAUUACCGCAGCAGCAACAACAACGACAAAAAGUAAGAUCUAGUAGUGAUUCUGGAGAUUCAUAUGAUUCUGGAUUUUCAUCAUUAUCACCACAAGCUAGUAAUCCACGCCUUAACAAAAAUGUGAAAGCUAUGAAACAUGAAACUACCAUUGCAGAACAACUUGUAAUAAUAAAAACUUUACAAGAUAGAAUUGCAGAGUUGGAGAAACAACAAUUAGAAGAAAUACAUAAACCUACCACGCCAGCUGAUCUUGAUGCAGUUGGUGGAUUCCGUCUUGUUAGAACAGAUUCAAAUUCAUCAACUGAAUUGAUGAAGAAUGCUAUUAAAAAUAAUCUCAGUGCCACAUCUGCAGCAUAUAUGGAUGCUCCACUUACACCACCACCAAAUCUUCCACUACCUCCUGUACCUUCCUCGCCAUCAUCGUCAAUAUCAUCUUUGGCAUCCAAUUCUGUUUCUUUGCCAAUGACACCACCAUUAAGUCCACCACCAAAAAGCCCAUUACCACCUAUACCAGAUUCUGAAGUAAAUACCACACCAAUACAAGAUUUAACAUCAGAAGUUCAAAAACUUAACAAGAAACUUGGUAAGCUUGAAAAUGAAAAUUCACAAAGUCAACAACUUAUUGAAACGUUAGAAGGAGCUCUAAACAGCAAUGAAGGCGAAUUAAAAAUUGCAAAACAACAAUUACAAAUUCUUCAAAAAGAAAAGGCCAAUCUUCGUCAACAAGUUAAAGCAUUGAAUGAUCGAUUGGAAGAGGUUAAUGCACAAUUUGAACAUGCUCAAUCGUCAGUGCAAGAAGAAAAGAAAGUCAUUGAGUCCAUUGAGUCUGUAUUGAAUCAAGAAAGAAAAGCAAAAGAAGAAGCUGAAAAAGCUAGAAGACAGCUUGAAAAUCGUAUGGAAGAACUUAUACAAAAGAAAAACAAGUUCAUGUGCUUCUAA